UUCAUGAUUGCCAGCUUUCUCAGUGUCUUCUCUCUGUUGUGUUUUGUGCUCCAGGUUUUCCAGGAAAAAAAAAAAAAAGCAGGAAGCCCCUGGAGCACUGCCCUGUCACCAUGGGCUCCACAGUGUGGGAAUGUGGUUGAAAAGGGGAAGAUUUCUUCUGGAACCUGAGGAUGUUGAACACAGAACCUCUUCCGGCUGGGAGGAACCCCGAGCGAGGCCCGGAAAUAUUUUGGUGAGGCAAAUUUCAGAUCCACGAGGAGCUGGAAGAUGCGCCGGCCCCUCUGCUGGCCUGGAAGGAUGGCUGGGGGCUGGCUGCUGUGCUCCCUGUGGCUUUUGGGGCUCCGGGUGACCCCCGCAGGAGGGCACAGCCUGUUCUCCUGCGAGCCCAUCAUCCUCAGGAUGUGCCAGGACCUGCCCUACAACACCACCUUCAUGCCCAACCUCCUCAACCACUACGACCAGCAAACAGCAGCUCUGGCCAUGGAGCCCUUCCACCCCAUGGUGAACCUGGAGUGCUCCCGGGAUUUCCGGCCCUUCCUGUGCGCCCUGUACGCCCCGGUGUGCAUGGAGUACGGGCGGGUGACGCUGCCCUGCCGCCGCCUCUGCCAGCGCGCCCACAGCGAGUGCUCCAAGCUCAUGGAGAUGUUCGGGGUCUCCUGGCCCGAGGAUAUGGAGUGCACCAGGUUCCCAGACUGUGACGAGCCCUAUCCUCGCCUGGUUGACCUCAACUUGGCCGGCGAGCCCACGGAGGAGGCCCCGAUGGCCGUCCAGAGGGAUUACGGCUUUUGGUGUCCUCGGGAGCUGAAAAUAGACCCGGAGCUGGGCUACUCCUUCCUCAGGGUCCGGGACUGCUCCCCUCCUUGCCCCAACAUGUACUUCCGCCGGGAGGAGCUGUCCUUCGCCCGCUACUUCAUCGGCGUCAUCUCCAUCGUCUGCCUCUCGGCCACCUUGUUCACCUUCCUGACCUUCCUCAUCGACGUCACGCGCUUCCGCUACCCGGAGAGGCCCAUCAUCUUCUACGCCGUCUGCUACAUGAUGGUGUCCCUCAUCUUCUUCAUCGGCUUCCUGCUGGAGGACCGGGUGGCCUGCAACGCCUCCAGCCCCUCCCAGUACAAGGCCUCCACGGUGACGCAGGGCUCCCACAACAAGGCCUGCACCAUGCUCUUCAUGGUGCUCUACUUCUUCACCAUGGCCGGCAGCGUCUGGUGGGUCAUCCUCACCAUCACCUGGUUCCUGGCCGCCGUGCCCAAGUGGGGCAGCGAGGCCAUCGAGAAGAAGGCGCUGCUGUUCCACGCCAGCGCCUGGGGCAUCCCGGGCACCCUCACCAUCAUCCUGCUGGCCAUGAACAAGAUCGAGGGCGACAACAUCAGCGGCGUGUGCUUCGUCGGCCUCUACGACGUGGACGCGCUGCGCUACUUUGUGCUGGCGCCGCUCUGCCUCUACGUGGUGGUGGGAGUGUCCCUGCUGCUGGCCGGAAUCAUCUCCCUCAACCGCGUCCGCAUCGAGAUCCCGCUGGAGAAGGAGAACCAGGACAAGCUGGUGAAGUUCAUGAUCCGCAUCGGCGUCUUCAGCGUGCUCUACCUCGUGCCCCUGCUGGUGGUGAUCGGCUGCUACUUCUAUGAGCAGGCGUACCGGGGCGUGUGGGAGACCACGUGGAUCCAGGAGCGCUGCCGGGAGUACCACAUCCCCUGUCCCUUCCAGGUCACUCAGAUGAGCCGUCCAGAUCUGAUUUUGUUCCUCAUGAAGUAUCUGAUGGCCUUGGUGGUUGGGAUCCCCUCGGUGUUCUGGGUCGGAAGCAAGAAGACCUGUUUUGAGUGGGCCAGCUUCUUCCACGGGCGCAGGAAAAAGGAAGUCGUCAACGAGAGCCGCCAAGUGCUGCAGGAGCCGGACUUCGCGCAGUCGCUGCUGAGGGACCCCAACACCCCCAUCAUCCGCAAGUCCAGGGGCACCUCCACGCAGGGCACCUCCACGCACGCCUCGUCCACGCAGCUGGCCGUGCUGGACGAGCAGCGCAGCAAGGCCGGCAGCGUGCACAGCAAAGUCAGCAGCUACCACGGCAGCCUGCACCGCUCGCGGGACGGACGGUACACUCCCUGCAGCUACAGGGGCGUGGAGGAACGACUACCUCACGGCAGCAUGUCGCGACUGACCGACCACUCCAGGCACAGCAGCUGCCACCGGCUGAACGAGCAGUCGCGGCACAGCAGCGUCAGGGACCUCAGCAGCAACCCAAUGACACACAUCACGCACGGCACCAGCAUGAACCGCGUCAUCGAGGAGGAUGGCACCAGCGCCUGACGGGCACCGAGGGCUCGCGGUGCCUUCCUCAGCGAGGUGACAACGCUCGGAGUCAUCCUCAGCCUCUCGGCAGGUGCUGAAGCCGGGGUCGGCUUCUCGGCGUGGGACUUGCCUCGGAGCGGUCUUGAACUGCUGAGUAAAAAGCUGGUUGUGUGCUCUGAACCUCUCUGUAGGUAAUUAUUUAUUUGAUGACUGUUCCUCGUCAGACACGACUGCUGAAUUUCUUAUUCUCUGUGGAAAACAAUCUCCCCCUUCCUUCUCUCCCCCUCCCUGCGUCCCUCCUUCCGUGGGCUCGGCGCGUCGGGAGGCGCCGGCCCCGAAAUCUCUGAAAUCUCGGUGUCGGGGUCGUGCUGGGAGUUGUUCUGAUGAGACUUGAGGGAACGCUUGAUGGUUGAAGGAAUCCCUCCGUGCGCCUCCCUCCAGGGGACACGCCCAGCGCUGCCUGAGGGACAUCCGUGACACUGGAACCGCCACAGGAAUGAGCGCUGUGGAGAAGGAAGCUCCUCUGAGGAUCACCGGCUCUUCCCAGAGCUGUCCGGGCUCAGUCGGCCACAGGGUGGGGGGAAGAGAGAGGCAGGGAAGAGCGAUUUUUUUAUAACUUGUAUUGUCCUUGCUUUUUUACAAAAGACUAUUUAAAUUUUCUACUCGUUUACAAUUUCUGUAGGAAGAGAUGGGUUUUAAAAGCAGUUAUCUAGAUAAUAUUCAGCCAUUUAUUUUUUAGAGUCAUGUACAAAAGCUGAGAUUGCCUGUUCCUGAUCUAUUUAAAAAAAAAGAUUAUCAUAGGAAAGGUGAAUUUGUCCCCCAGGCAGGAAUGUAGAGCCCGUCCUGAGGCAGAGCUGAGCCUGUUUACAAACCCCAGCAGCUGGGUGAAGAAGGCUGAGGCCAGCAGGACCAGAGGAGUUCCUUCAAGGAUGCCCCACCUCCCUUGUGAUGGCAGGGCUGGUCUGGGGAGGAUUCUCUGUUCUGAGCCAGAAUUCAGAGGUGGGUGGGAGAAACUGAGGCAGGAGCUGCCCCCAGAGGCGGGAAAAGGAGGAUGUGGCAGCUGGAAGCCCAGGGCAUUCCCUGAGGAGGAGACAGGAUCCCCGGUUCAGGGAUCUUGGGCACGGAUCCGCCUCUGCUGCGGCUGUUUCCAUCCCCUUCUGCAGAUUCGUGGCAGGGAAUUCUCAGUUUGGGCUUUUUCUGUGUGGAAAGGAUCCCUUGGGAUACACUGGAGGCAGAAGUCGGGGAUGGUGCUGGAUGGAGAUCUUCUGGAGCAUCCUCUGUGGAGAUGGAUCCAGCACGAGGAAACACUGCUGGUGUGCAAACCUACCUCAGUAAUCAGAUCACUGCUGGGAAACAAAUCCUCAUUUUUGCCUUGUCCUUCCAUGAUUCCCUCCCUGACCUGCUGGAGGCACCCGGAGAAGCCUUUGUGCACCAACCUCGAGGGCAGGGCCGGGGCAGGAGCUGCUCCACGUUAACUCAUUUUAACUGCAGCUCCUAACCUGUGUGCUGCGGAAUCAAAGGCUGUCCCGGGAGUCAGGCUCACAGAUUUAUCCCAAAUUGUCCCUUUUGCUUCCACCGGGUCAGGAGGAGAGGACAAACGGAGCCGGCGUGGAAUCACAAAGCUCUUUGUUGUCGGCCGGGAGGGAGGUGCUGCACGCAGGGCUCCGGGGCAGAGCAGGCUCUGCUUUGCCUGUUUGCUCAGCAAACAGCCCUGGGGCCAUCCCAGGGAUAGCCCCGGCCCAGGGAUAGCCCCGGCCCAGGGAUAACUGAGCACAUCCAAAGCUGUGGAAAAAUCCUUUGGAGUGACUUAAACCGGAGAAGCUGCAACUCCCUGGAAGCCCCAAGGGUGGAACCUUUGCUGUUUUCAAACUCAGCCCCUCCUGACUCCCUUGCUGCCUCAGAGGGGUGAUCUGGUAGAAAUCUGGAUAAGCUGAGUUUUCCUAAACACUGGAACUGAACUGAGGCAGCUCAAUGGUUUACGUUGAUCCCCUUGGCUCAAUUUCCAGUAUUUUUUUUAAUAAAUUGUAACAAUGCUUCGACUUGUUUAGAGACAGGGAGAGGAACAAUGAUGGAGCUUGGAGCAGGAUCCUGCUGGAAAUGUUGUUUACUCGUGAGGCUCAGUCCCAGUAUUGCUUCAGAUGGGAAUAUCUUAAGUUGUUCCUUGCUGCUGGAUCCUAAAGGGACCAUCCUGAAGGCUCCUGCCACCCCAGAGAGGUGAUUAAACUCAGACUGGGGUCCUGUCUGGCAUUUUUGCCUCCCUGCCCCCUCUCUUCCACCUUCAACACCUGAGCCAGCUGUGCUCUCCUGGCAGAGCAUUCCUCCCGGGAAGAGAGGAAUUCCUCCCUCACCCCUGGAGGAAUGUCCCAGCUCUGCUGCAGUUCCCCAGCUGGGGCUCACAGGGCUGCAGCUCCCAAAUCGUCGCGUCCAGGGGCUUUGAAGUGCAUCCCAGUUUGAAUGUGGCCCCCCAGCCUCUCAGGCAGGGGCACCAGGAGUGCUUUUGGGGUGCUUCCCCACCUGGUGAGAGCUCCAGCCCGGGUGCCUGGUCUGUGGGAUUGGUGCCAAGCUUUAAAUUCCCCCGGAGCUGAAAGCCCCGGCCAGGAGGGCGUUCCUGCAGUCCCCGCGGUGCUCUGGGCUCCCUGCAUGUCCCUGCAGUGCUUUGUCCCUCCCCAGCAGCCACAAAAGCUGGAUCCUCUCUCCAGGAAGCAGGCAGGGAAGCUGGACAGUGCCUGCUUCUCCAGCUCACCCCAACCUCAUCCCUGUCCCUCUCACGCACACGAUGGCUGCAGCCCCAAAACUGCUCCGUGGAAUUGCUCUGUCCGAGCUUCCUGCAAAGCGCGGGACUCCUCAUUCCCAGUGUUCCCAGGGACCUCCAGCUCCUGCUUUACCAACCCAACUGCACUGACAGCAGAUCCCCCCCGAGUUCGUGGUGUUGCUUCUUUCUUAACCCCUUCAGCUCCCGUGAAAUGCCCCGGCUCGGAGCUGCGGCCGCGUUGCACGGAAGAGGCUGCUGCUCUUUUUUGAAGCAUGAACAAGCAGCAGCAGCAGCAAACAGCCACAUUUGGGUGUCGGGCUGUUUGCGUUCUCCCUUUGCUUCCAGCUCAGAACCAGAUUUGGUGCUGGAAGCUUUGAGCUCUGGGAGGGUCCGAUGAGCACAGGGUGGCACAGGGAGGCUCCGGCUGAAAUCCAGUCACAUUCCAGCAAGGAGAGAAGGGAAAAUCCCUCAGGAAGGGCACACGGAGCAGAGCCAGGCCAACCUAGAGCAGUGCCCACCCUUCCAGGGCAGCGACUCUCCAGCCCAGCUCCAGGGCACUGAGGAUCCCAGAAAGCAGCAGGCAGCUCCAUCCGUGUGGUGAAACCAAGGCACGGAGCAGAGCGCAGGAGACAUCCCCAGGUCCUCCUGGAGCAGCAGAAUGUCCAGUUGAAUGUGAAGCUUUACCCCUUAUCCCCUUGCGCUUCUUUUCUAACGGGAUCGGGAUCGGUUUCCCCCGAGGCGCGGCGUUUUCCCGGUUUUUGCUCCAUGCGUGGGGAACUCGGUGCAUGCAACGCCUCUGGCAGCCCUUCCCUCGGCGCUCCGGUGUCAGGGUGUGACAACGCCUGGCUCCUCAGGAGAGGGGAAGGAGCUCCCAGGAGACCUCCACGUGUGGAAUGUGUGGGGCAGUCCCUGCCCGUGGCUGACCCCGCUUGCACUCGGCUCUUGGUAGACUUGUUUACAGUAGUCCAGUGUCGGUUUUGUAACGUUUAAUUUUUAGCACUUUAACUGUGAGUGUACAAACUGGUUCCCUUGUAGUUGGUGUACAUUUUCAUUUUAGACCUUCGGAAGUUUUUAAUAAAAUGACGGAAAAACUCUGGCAACAGA